CAUGUGAGGAGGUGCGGGGCGGGAGGCAUCGGCUGCGCCGGAGCCGAGCCCGGCUCGUCCUCCCUUUCUCUCAGCAUCCUCCGUGAUGCGAUCCUGGAGGUGAUACAGGCACAGCAGCAUCCAUGGCCUGCCCUUAGCGCCAGCAUUCCUGCUUUAUCCUCCGUGAUAUUCUGGCAGCGAACCGAGCCCGGCGUCGGAGGCGUUUGGUUAGCGAAGGGCUGACGCUGAGUGGCUGGUAACCGGGAUCGUAUUCUCCUGUAUUUUUUCAGGCUCCUUGGAAAUUGAGGAAUGCAAUUCUGCCACCAUGAUGGAAGGAUUGAAAAAACGUACCAGGAAGGCCUUUGGUAUACGGAAGAAAGAAAAGGACACUGAUUCCACGGGGUCACCAGACAGGGAUGGCAUUAAGAAAACAAAUGGAGCCCCGAAUGGAUUUUACGCGGAGAUUGACUGGGACAGAUAUAAUUCACCUGAGCUUGAUGAGGAGGGAUACAGCAUUCGACCUGAGGAACCAGGCUCUACCAAAGCAAAGCACUUCUACUCCUCAAGUGAAUCCGAGGAGGAAGAGGAGGCACACAAGAAGUUCAACAUCAAGAUCAAGCCCCUGCAGGCCAAGGACGUCCUGAGGAGCGCAGCCACCGUGGAUGAGCUGAAGGCCUCCAUAGGCAACAUUGCACUUUCUCCAUCCCCUGUGAGGAAAAGUCCGCGGCGCAGCCCGGGGACAAUUAAAAGGAAUUUAUCCAGUGAGGAGAUCACACGGCCCCGGCGCUCCACACCAACACCAGACCCUGCCAGCAAGAAAACUGGGGAGGAUCCUGCUGCACUGGCUCCGCUCUUCGGGCCCCCCUUGGAGUCAGCGUUCGAGGAGCAGAAGCUGGAUGCUGCUCUAGAUCAGCCUGAGAUCUGGGGUUCAGUCCAGCCCAUCAACACAAAUGUAGAGUCCCCAAAACUUCCGAGACCUUUUCCAACUGGAACUCCUCCACCACUCCCACCGAAGAACGUUCCAGCCACGCCGCCGCGCACCGGCUCCCCCCUGCCUGUGGGAAUAGGAGGGGACCAGGCAGCAGCAGAGCCCAAAAGGGACAAACUCCCGUCCAUCAAUGACUUGGACAGCAUUUUUGGCCCCGUGCCGUCCCCCAAAUCUGCUGCUGCAAACGCAGAAGACAAGUGGGUCAAUUUUUCUGAUCAAUCCCCGGAAAACGCGGCUCCGGAGUUGACUCCCCGGGAAAAAGCGGGAUCCCCGCCGGCGGCAGCGGCCGCUCCAGCCAAUGCUCCCGCGGCAGAGCCCUCCCGCCCGCUGCCCUCCCCGCUGCACCUGGAAGAGGUUCACAAGAAGGUUUCUGAGCACCUGAAGGAUGAGAACGUGGAGCCGGUGGCCUCUCCCAAAGAUUUUGGGCCGGGACAGAGAGCGACCCCGCCGCCCCCUCCGCCGCCCACCUACCGCACGGUGGUCUCGUCCCCCGGACCGGGCGCCAGCGCGGGCAGCACCAGCGGUUCCUCAUCGCCAGCUCGCCCUGGAACGCCGCUGGCCACCUGUGGCACCCCUCCGCCACCACCCCCCCGGCCUCCCUCCCGGCCCAAGCUGCCCCCUGGCAAACCCCCUGUCGCUGACGUGUCCAGGCCUUUUAGCCCUCCUAUCCACUCAUCCAGCCCUCCUCCGAUAGCACCUUUAGCCCGUGCUGAAAGUACUUCUUCCAUAUCUUCCACCAAUUCCCUGAGUGCAGCCACCACUCCCACCGUUGAGAAUGAACAGCCUUCCCUCGUUUGGUUUGACAGAGGAAAGUUUUAUUUGACUUUCGAAGGGUCAUCACGGGGGCCCAGCCCCCUCACCAUGGGGGCACAGGACACCCUGCCUGUCGCUGCCGCCUUCACAGAAACAGUCAACGCAUAUUUCAAAGGGGCUGACCCCAACAAGUGUAUCGUGAAGAUCACGGGGGAGAUGGUGCUGUCGUUUCCAGCGGGCAUCACCCGACACUUUGCCAACAAUCCCACUCCGGCAGUGCUAACCUUCCGUGUGCUGAACUACAACAGACUGGAGCACGUCCUGCCAAACCCCCAGCUCCUCUGCUGUGACAGCGUGCAGACUGACACCAACUCGAAGGAGUUCUGGGUCAACAUGCCAAAUCUGAUGACUCACCUAAAGAAGGUAUCGGAACAGAAACCGCAAGCCACCUAUUACAAUGUGGAUAUGCUCAAAUACCAGGUAUCUGCCCAGGGUAUUCAGUCUACUCCAUUAAACCUUGCAGUGAGCUGGCGGUGUGACCCUGCAAGCACUGACCUCCGCAUUGACUACAAAUACAAUACAGAGGCAAUGACCACACCGGUAGCUCUAAACAACGUCCAGUUCCUCGUCCCCGUCGACGGAGGAGUAACCAAACUUCAAGCUGUGCUUCCUCCUGCUGUCUGGAAUGCUGAACAGCAAAGGAUAUUGUGGAAGAUUCCUGAUAUCUCUCAGAAGUCAGAAAAUGGAGGUGUGGGGUCUCUGCUGGCCCGGUUCCAGCUGUCGGAGGGGCCGAGCAGCCCGGCCCCGCUGGCCGUGCAGUUCACCAGCGAGGGCAGCACCCUGUCCAGCUGCGACAUUGAGCUCGUGGGCGCCGGGUACCGCUUCUCCCUCAUCAAGAAGAGGUUUGCAGCAGGUAAAUACUUGGCUGAUAACUGAUGGAAGCUUAUGCAAGCCUGUGGAAAAUACUAUGGAAAAUACCCAAGGACUGCUGUGUGUGGAACGGGUUUUAAUUACAGUUUAAGGAAAAUGAACUAAAUCCUGCACUCGGGACAUUUCUGUUGGAAGUGUCGACAACUUUCAGCAUUUUUUUUCCUUGGAAAACACCAUCUUGACCAGUCCUACAGUAUUUACUUCUAGAUGUAACAUUGUUAAUGGUUUUAAAAUGUAAUUAUUGUAUUUGUAAAUUGUACUCAUUCCAGUAAGGCUGUAUUUUGGCAGUUAGACACUUGAGUUUUAGCAUUUUACCAUUCAUGAAAUGGAUGUAAUUUAAACUGUGGUAUAUCAAUCUAAUAGUAGUACUGUUGAAUGGCACAAUGCUUACAGAGGUAGAUUACAUUUUGUCAAUAUAUACGAUUUAAAUACAAUACUGGUAGCUGUUAUGAAGGGGGUGCCUCAUCAAAAGAGAGUUCAGUAGAGCCCACAUGCUGAUUUACUUUCCCUUCAGUCCUUAGUACGUCUCACAGCAAUGAAUAAAAAGCUUAAUCUUCAGGUUUAGCUGGUUUAACUCCAGAGGAAUAUUGCUGUAAAGGUGGAGGUUCCUAGCACAUUCUCCCAGGAAAAAAAUCUACAAGGAAUACUCCAAAUUCCCAACCUGCUCUGUGUUCUCUUACAGCUGCAGAUUUCCUGUCAGGAGUCCCAGCAGCGUGUAGGAGACUAAUGCUUCUCUUUACCCCAUGCCCAUACAUUUUGCAGGGAUUCAGAUAAGGAAACAAGCAGCAAAGAGACUGGGUGAUAAAUCUGAGCUCAGAGCAAUGUCAGGAAAUGUUCCUGCUGUUUUUAAGGAUGCGUUUUCUGAGCCGCCUCCAGAUUUUCGGUUGCAUUUUUAUGUUCCUUUGCUCGCUUUUUCUGCCUUUCCCCCCCAUUUUUGAAAGCCCUACAGGUUUAGAAAAUGUUUUAAAGACGUGCCGCCCCCCAGGCCUUUCCAUUUUACCACUAAGGCAGGAAAGUGUGUAUGGACUGGGAAACAGUUCCCUGGGGAGCUGCCAAAAUACAGCGGGGCAGAAGCCAGACUCGCUGGCAUUGGGAGCAGCUGGAGAUGGGAAAAUACAUGACAGUGCUAAACGGGAGGCUGGGGGACAAAAAGUUAUCCCUCUGUGUUUUCCCUGGGAGAUGGUGUCCUGCUGCUCAUCCCUGUGCAGCUUUUGGGAUCUUGUUGAUGUUGGUCUCAUCCUACUUCCGGCAACAUGGUGACAGCAUUGGUGACAUUAAUGGCACAGCAUCUGCUGAGAUGUGGAGCCUGUUUAAUGGGAGAAUUUGGCAAUAUUGGGAAGGAAAAGUAAGGCUCUUCACAAAAUUACAGUUGCAGUUCAGAUGCACAGAGAAGCUCCACUGAAGCAUCCACUGAACUGCAUGAUGGGGACUUUGGGAAUGUGUAAGAUGACAAAUAGUUCUGAUUUUUUAGUCACAAAUGUUGCCAAGAUUAGGCUUGUGUAUUUGCAUUGGAACACUUAGACUGGGCAUGCUGGGAAGUGCUUGAUCAUCGAGCAGUUUGGAAACUGUAGUAGAAAAACAGAUUUGUGCCCAUCUUAAAAGAAAAUAAGGAAAUUUGGAGAUAUUACAGGUCUGAGGUGACUCCCAGGCUGCGAUUUGUAUGAUUGAGGGGUGAGCUGUGUGUGUGCGUUCACAAAAAGCAGCAACAGGGAAGAUAAAGCACAAUUUGGUUCUGCAGCUUCCCACAUCUUGGUAGAUUUUGGAAAUACACUCAGCAGUGCUCCUGGAUGGAGUGUCCCACUCCAUUAAUGAUUUUCCCCCUGAACUGGAAAUAUGUAUAAAGUGUGUAACCCACCCCUUUCUAACACAGGAAUACAGGGCAAACCCUAAGAAUCAGUUUGUGCAUCAUCACUUCAUGCUGUGUACAACUGUUACAAACUCAUCCUUUCAAAAGAGAUCUAUGGCCUAGGCCCAAAAAUAAGGGGUUUAUUGUGUAAAUAUUACCAGAACAUAGAGAUUUUACUUUAUAUUUCAUUCGAAAGACAAGGUGUUUACAUAGCAUUGGGUUUUUGAAUGCUUUUUAAACA